AGAAGAAGAAGAAGAAGAAGAAGAAGAAGAAGUUGGUUCUGAAUCAACAAUCAGCUCUUCUUAUAUACUUCGAGCGGCCAAGCUUGUCCAAACCCUGACCAACCUGCCUUUCGGGCAUAGAACACCUUUGAUUCAACCCACUCUUGUCAACAAGGCUACCAUGACCGAAGUGAUUCGUUUCACGAACGGCUUCCUGGCCAUGCCAGAUGGCACUGUGAGUAGAUACAAAUGGAGUCUCUGUCAUGACCUGACUCUUCUUAUCCAGGCGGUCAAAGCUGAUCUGUACAUUUCCCCGUCGACUGGUACCAUUGUAUCCGGCCAAUCAUCCUUUUUCGACUCUCAUCGUCCACCAGCGCGUACCAUUGACCUUGGCGGGAACAUCUUGGCUCCGGGAUUGAUAGAUGUGCAGAUCAAUGGCGCGUACGGAGUUGACUUUUCUGAGCUCAACGGAGACGAUGCGGACGGUGGAGAAGAGAGGUAUAUCAAAGGACUUGAGACGGUAGCCAGUAGGAUCCUAGAGACGGGAUGUACAGGCUACGUCGCGACCAUUAUUACCCAGAAGGAGGAAAUGUAUCGCAAGCUCCUGCGCCUACUUCAACCUCGUUCGCCUCCCAAUGCAGCCCACGUUCUUGGAUAUCACGCCGAAGGGCCAUUUUUACAUCCUCUGAGACGAGGAGCGCAUUCUCAAACUCUCCUGAUGACGGCUGCUCCGAAAGCUGGAUCUACACCGAAAGACAUUCUCGAGAAAGUCUAUGGAAAAGAGGGUCUGGAUCAGGAGGGAGUCAAAAUGAUCACCGCAGCUCCGGAUGUCGAGGGUGUCAUGGAUUGUAUACCGGAUCUAGUAUCGAGGGGAGUCACAGUGUCUAUAGGUCACAGUGAUGCCACGCUCGAGGUCGCAACGGAAGCGAUGCACAAAGGUGCACGAAUGAUCACGCAUCUGUUCAAUGCCAUGCCACCAAUACAUCAUCGUGAUCCAGGCGUUAUCGGACUUCUCGGAGCCCAUGAUCAACGCCCCUAUUUCGGCAUGAUCGUCGACGGAUUACAUUCUCAUCCCAACACUGUCCGUAUAGCUUACGGUGCAUGUCCCGAACGUUGCGUUCUGGUGACGGACGCACAGAGCAUCAUGGACCCUAAUCUUCCAGAUGGAGUACACGACUGGCGACCAGGUCUCAAAUUCCGAAAAGACGGAUACCGAGUCGUCAUUGAUGGUACCGAGACGCUUGCUGGAUCUUGCUCCCCAUUCCCAUAUCUCCUCCGAAACCUGUGUUCAUUCACAGGAUGCACCUUGCCUCAGGCCCUCGUCACGGCGACCCUCCAUCCAGCUCAAAUGCUCGCUGGAAAAAUCGCUCAGACCAAGGGUCAGCUCAAGGAAGGCUUCCAUGCGGAUCUCUGUGUAUUCGAUUGGGAUGGAUACUGUAGGAGUACCUGGGUCAUGGGCAAGGAAGUAUGGAGAGAUGCGCAAUUCGGUAAACCUGGAGAAGGCAACAGUUUAGCAGGAUCUAGGGCCACUACCAAUGGUCAUUCGGUGUAAGCGAUGUAGGUGAUGGAGGCGAUCUGAGAGGUGUCAUUUGACGAGGAUAGAUGCGUGUCAUUAUCUUGUGGGUUAG